AUGGCAAAAACGCCGUCGGCUCUACGUUUCAGUGUGUCCUGCCAGUUUUGGUGCGCCGCUGCCUUGCUAUUGAGUACCACUGUUUUAUGUAAUGUCGUGUUUCAGCCGUCGUUCCUCGUUGCCUCCGGUCCCAAAGUUUCUGCGUUUCUCCUCGGAAAUGCCUCUGGCAUCUCUCUCAUUCUCAGCCCGCUGACUCCUAUCAACGCAACAGAGGGCCUUCCGCCUCCGUCUUGUGAACCGGAGAAUGAGACGCGAUGGUUGCUAUCCCGAGAGACCGUGGGACCGACUGAGACGCGACUGCAGCUCGUGCUGAACCGGAGUCUUGCCCUGUGCGGGAAUGAGACGGACUGCUGUCCACAGACGCUGUGUGUGUAUGAGACGCUGCGUGUAUCUGCCUGCCUUGACGGCCUUCCACAGGCUUCUCUCCUUGUACAGGCACGGAUUUACGCUCAGAUCCUUCCCUCUGGCCCUGUCUCAGGGAAUAAAACUGUGGUUCCUAAUCAAGUGUUCCAGCCGCUGGGUGUGUGUCCCUGUGACCUGUCCAGAGGAGUGUGUGACGUCCGCUGCUGCUGUGACCAGGACUGCUCUCCUGAGCUGCUGUGGUUGUUUGAAGAGCAGUGCCUUCCUGGGCCGUUUGGGGGUUAUGUGACUCCUGUCCCAGAAUUCCAGUGCUCUGCUCAGGCCUCUGCCAAUGCGCCGGAUUGGUUCCCGUUUCUCUGUGUGACCUCCCCUUCUGAUAACAGCCCUUUUCUGGGUAUCUUCUAUCAGGGAGACACCAUCACCCCACAAUUAGGACCAUCUUUCCAAAGUCCUGAGUUCACAGCUCCAGUGCUGACCAACAACUACCGCCAGGGGGCGCCAAUCUUCACUGUCGAUGACCGAUAUUUCACCAUCCCACAGCGCUCCCUGAUUGGUCAGUGUGUGGCUGACGCUCCAGUAGCAUUUUUGGAGGAUUUUGAGGCUGAGUGUGUGACUCAUCUACAGGCCUGUCCCAGUGAACUGCCAGAGCUCACAGUCAGCGUCAGAGACGGGCUAGGAGGUGUGAUCACAGUAAAUGUUGUGGAAGAGGUGACAUCUGACCCAAAGGAGUUCCUGUCACCUGUCUAUGAGAUCACUUCCUCUGAUCCAACAGCAGAGAGACAGGAGUGUGUGCGUGUGACUGUGUCUCUGCGCUACACUCUGUACUGGAGAGACAACGGGCUUACUGGUAUCACAGCAGUACGGACAACGGCCAACAUCACCCAGAACCCAACCAUGUUUUUGACACAGCGGUUUUCUGCUGUGUAUGUGAAUGGAAACCUCACGUUUCAGCCCCACUCAGGUCACAGAGGCUAUGUGGAGGGAAGGCCUGUGAUUGGUGGGUUUACAGACUCUGAGACAGGGGUCAUUCAGGCGGCCACUGUGAGUCUGUGGAAGCCAGCAGGGGACGGUGUGUGUCAGUCGGGCAGUGUGAGGCCAGUGGUGUUUAGGGUCAAUGCAACAUCUGGUUGCCUGUUCCCUGUCAGCUUACAGAACAUCACACAGUGCUCCCAGCUCAGAGACACUGUGCGAACUCUCAUUUCUGAGCUGGUGACAGCCACACUGGUGGCUCGCACUGGGAACCCGGACGUCACCAGUCAGGUUGACUGGAUCAGUGUUACCCGCGUAGCUCAGAACUCCAGUUUGUCGGUGGGUGUGGCCACUGGCGUGUGCACAGGUGUGCCCGCCCAUCUCCACAUCCAUAUCAGGAGCCUGGUCCUGCCCACUGUGGGCGGAGCCACAAGGAGACUUAUUGAAUCAGUGGAGGUCAGUCAGCGUGUGUCCACAUGGCAUUUGGUCUGUGGUGGGGGUGGAACUGACCCUUGCGUGAACCUGGAUGUGACACAGUUUUUCCCAGUGACCUCCUCUGUGACCUUUACUGACAGACCACUUUACAGCCCUCCACCCAGAACCAGAUUCCAGAUAAACUUCACUGAGUAUGACUGUGAGAGGAAUGAUGUGUGUUGGCCUGAACUGGCCUUCCCUCUCACCAGAUACUACACAGGGGAGCCAUAUUCGCAGUCCUUGGCUAAGGGCCUGAUCCUUGUCUUCUUCUUCAUUGCUGCCUCUGUGUUGGGGUCACCAUGGAGACAGAUACGCCAGGCCUGGAGGAGCUCACGAGCCUGAGACAGGAAAUCGUAACAUCACAUCCUGCAUCUGACCAGCCUGUAGAAAGACACCCAAAAACAGACUGUAGCGACUGGUGUGAUAAAUCAUCCAAUCA